AUGAUAAAUCGCAGUUCUACCUACAAGGAACAAUCAUACAUUAAUCAAGGCAUUUGCUACGUUGUGUGUUGGAAAAAGUUCUUGCCGAAGGAUGUUAUGGAAGGUUUGUAUCGCUAUCUCAGUCAACGUGUUGUUAUAAAAAGCAUCCCCUACAAUAGCCCAGACUACGCGUACCAGGCCGUCGUCAAGGAACAUACGAUUUUAUCGCAAAUGUCCCAUCCGAGGAUCAUACAGUACUACGGAUACUUUCAAACAGCCACCAGUUGGAACAUAGUUUUAGAAUUCGCAGAACGAGGCAAUUUAGCGGAUUUCCUAGAACGACGUCGCCAAGCAAAAUGUCACCUCAACCAGCACACAAUUAUGGCCAAAUUCGGAGACAUAAUAGAUGGACUAAUGUAUCUGCAUUUGCGAAACGUUAUACAUCGCGAUCUUAAACCCGCCAACGUUCUGAUCUGCAUGGACAAUCGGCUCAAACUGGCUGAUUUUGGAAUUUCAAAAAUUAUGCAUGAAAGCGAUUUAAACCGAACAAUCGUAGGAACACCGUUGUACAUGGCACCUGAAGUGGCCCGAGGUAAAAAUUACGAUUACAAGAGCGAUGUCUGGGCGUUAGGAUUGAUUUUUUACGAGUUAUGCAUGCUACAGCACCCGUUCAUUGAGCACUUUGGAGCGGGACGAAGGCAAAAAUUACGUACACCUCUAAUCGAUUGUGAACAGCACGGAUAUUUAUCCACCAUGCAGACACUUUGUGAUAUGAUGAUUAAGGUAGAUGUGAAAAAGCGAGGGACACUUGAAAAUAUUCUCAAGCAAACUUACACUCUACAAUUGAUGAAUCACGUUGACUAA